AUGAUCCUCAUCACGCUCUUCAUCUCUUACUUGGUCUUCACGACCAACAUCUUCAUCGCAUACGACCACGCUGCUCGUACAUUCGGGUACCCCAGCCUUGGCGGUCCUCUGAAGUACCUGCAGCUGUCUGGCAUCGCCAUCCGUCAACCUCGAUGGCUGCCUGUGGUCCGUGUCGACAUGAAGACAUCCUCGGCGGCGCAGUGGGAGGUGUACGAGGAGUUCACGCUGGACGGGAAGGUGCCUGGAGUGCCGACUCAGUUCUCGAACUUUUCCAUCUCUUACGUGCUGCCAUCAUUGGUGAGCUUGGACGAGCUCACCUGCCCAGUGGCGGAGGACGAGGAGCCGUUUGCUCAGGAAGCAGACGGACGCGGCGACUACCACGGCGGGGACGAGUGGUGCCAUGCCCUCCCCGAGUCGUCGCUCCUCGACCACCUCAUCUGGUACCACACCCAGUCGGCGCAGUCAAUAUGCGCGCUGACGGAGGCACCCGAGGAGGAGUCGGUCACGACGCCCUCCAUCGACGCUAUCAACAUUGUGGACGUGUUCAACUGGCACGCGUCAUCAUCGUCGAUGAACGGGACCUCGCCGACCUUACCGAACUCGCCAAUCGACCAUAUCGACUUGCUAGUGGGCUGGUCGAUAUUAGCUAUGGUGCUCCUCUUCAGUGUCAAGCGCCCCAAGUCGGCGACACGGGAACCCGGUCCCGCCAGGAGAUGCGAGAAGAAGGACGAGCCAGAGUUCCUACCUGAUGCCACGUACGUUGUUGUCGGCUCGAAGAUACCCGAUGCUCAUGUAUUCGGACCAACCAGAGACGUCCCUCCAUCCAGUAAUGUGCUCACCGGGCCAGUCUCGGUGAACGGCUGGAGCCGCGACAAGAAAAAGAGGAAACGGAAAGGCAAGAAGAACAAGAAUUUUAUUGUGUUCCAUACGAUAUAUGCGACGGACGAAGACGAGGGAAGGAUGGCAUGGCGUGCAACCCUAGCGGUAGCCCCUCAUCCCCCUUCCGACUCCGAUGUCGCAGCGUGUGCCCCAUGCCUUAUGGUCAGUAGUAUCAAGCUCCAGAAAAACGCUCGCGCUGAUUGUAUUGGUCUGAAGCUGCUUCAGCUCGAUGACGUCAAGCGUAUGUGGGACUGGAUCCCUUUCGCGUUUCCGCUUAUCGAGCGGAUGUCAAGGUAUGUUUGUUAUUGCUUUUAUUUGACAAACAGCUCACGAACAUGCCUUGAUAGUCAAUAA